UGACUACAGGUAACAAUUUCGAAGAUGCCGCUAUUCCCGUGUCUUGUAUUUCUGCACAAUUUUCGUUUAUUUGGACACGGCCAUUCAAAAUGACGUACACCCUGAACGAGACUUUCACUGCCACAAAUUUCUAGCUUAUAAGUCACAUAUUCGUUUAGAAUAUGCUAAUACUAUAAAACUGUGCACAUUUCCUUUAAGAGGUGCCGUAGACUCCCAUCGUAACCGAUGGUCGAUUUCUGGUAUUAGUAUACUUUAAACCUUUGUGUUUCGGUGUUAAUAGUGACUUGACGGUUGACGAAAAAUGAACGAAUAAGGGAUAGUUACGAUUACUACAAAAGUGCUAAAAGUGUAUGACGACCGUGUGAAUAGUGUAUUGUGUAUGUGCGAUUAUGGAACCUGCCGCUCCCGGUACGGAAGAUGAAGUAAAAUUCCCAGUUCAAACUCACGCUAGUAAAAAGGAAACCGAACAGGAGCGCCUUCUCGCGGUGAAAGCUCGACUUCCCAAUGGAAAAUUAGGCAACGUCUUCGAGCUUUCGUUCCUCAAUGGCGCCGAACAUUGGUACUGCAACCUGUGCAAGUGUCCCAUCAUGGGGCACGUCUAUCAUCACGAAAUCGGUAAGCGCCACACGAAUAACAUGCAGGCGCCCUUGUCCCACUCGUCCUUUGACGAUUCUCCCCUACAAGUCGCGCCCGGCGAGCCUGUACCGCCCGGCGUCGAAAGCGAAAUACAAAAGGUCGCCGAAAUUCAGGAGCGGUUAGAUAACUUCACGAUUGGCCCGCUGAUAGGGCUGGAGUAUUUGUUCGAAUUGUUGGAGUUCGACCGUGAUAAGGAGCCCUCGUAUUUGUGUCUGUUGUGCGACAAACGAGGCGAUCCUCGGACGGUCAUAGCGCACUUGGCGAGCUACAAUCAUAUUAUUCAGUAUAUAAGACGGCAUUUUAUAUCGUGCUUUCGAGCGAUCUCACCUUACCUGACGAAGCAGUACAAGCGCAAUUGGCAGUUUGCCGUGCAGAAAAUUGCGGAGGCCAUAGAGGACAAGUUUGGACGACUUAAACCUCACGUUGUCGACCAAGAUACGUUUGAGUCGAAACGUUUGCACUAUCAGAACUUGGUGGCGUGCGGUAAGCACUUCAACGAGCGGAGCGGUUACACCUUCGAGGAGUUGGUCGAUGUUCAGCAGUUAACAAAAGUUGUGGCAGACGAUUUUCCUGUACCGCACGUGGAGGUGGUACCCGAAGAGGGCCCAGUACGUAACUAUCGCAAAGCUGGUGUGGAUUUCGGAUUCGAAAUUGCCUCCUCGAAAAAGACCAAGCGCAGUCCCUCGCCGCCCUACGUCGCAAAACCCAAGAAACCGAAACCGGCGAAGGUCUCGACGGAAAAGCGCCACUCACUGUCCAGCGUCUCCAGCAUUUCCAGUAGCGAUCUGAGCGAUUACGAACCGUCGCAGUUGACCGUCAAAAAGAAGGAGACGCAAUACCGUCGCGUCCCGUUCAACAACCGCGCGAAAAAGUUCGAACGAAGCGCCGCGCGCUCACGUUCGAACUCCCCCAAUCGCUUCGUCAAACGCGAGGGCGUACAUCCGUGGCAGAGAUCCGACUACAUACGAACGCGCGCCGACGUCGCAACCGACAGUAACAAACAGAAAACGGACAAGCUGGAAGAAUUCAAAAAGUUGGCGACCGCCAUCGAAAACGACAUGGAUCGCAUUCUAAAGCAGCACCUCAAAAAUCCCGAGAAGCACCCGCAGUACAAUGAGGAGUGGAAAAAAUACUGGAACAAACGGUACAAGGAGCUACAGGCGGAAGGCAAAAAUGCCUCCGAUUACGACUUCAAGCCCGGAUGGAUCGAAUUUUGGAACAAGCGCCUAUUGGAACUUCAUCAUGCCGAAGUUAAAACGAAGAAGGAAGGUUUGCGUAAAAGGUGGUGGUCUGUUCAACUGCAGUCCGCCCCCGAUCCCGAAUUGAUGGCCGCCUGUCUAAGCCAAGAUCUGGGCAUUGAUUUACCGCCGGCGACUGUUGUUCAAGAAGUGAUGCAGAAUGCAAAUUCGCUUCAAACCAAUCCGAGUAAGCCACUCUCGUUGAGACAAAUGACUCGACGUCAACGGAGGAACCGUCGUCGCGUCUCUGUCUUUGUAGGGGAUGGUCAGUUCGUCAGAAUGGCGCGGAAGCAUGCCGAGGCCCUUGGACUUAUUCAACACAUCCCUGCAGAGCCAUUGAAAAAGAACGAUGACGCCGAAGAGUUGGGCUUACCAGACGAGCCAGCGCCCAUUUGCUUCAGAAUCACGGGAAAAAAGAAACCGAUCAAGGAGCAGUCCGAAUCGAAGGUUGACGUUCCGUCGACGAUCGCCGAUCAAGAUCCGGACGUUAUUAUUAUAGAGGACAAGGACGAUGAGACGCUCAGCUCGAGGCGCUCGCACAGUCCGUGGGAGAGCGAGUCGGGCGCGCACACCCGCAAGUCUAGGGAUAAGAGUAGGGAGAGGUCGCGCGCCGGGGAUUACUCGCGCCGAUCGAGGGAUCGCAGCAAGGACUACCGGCGCAGCAGGAGUAGGAGUAGGGAUCGCGAUUGGCACAGGCAGCGGCGGAGUAGGGAACGCGACCGAGGUUACGGUUACGACGGCGUUCAUUACCGGGAGCCGUAUCGCAAAUCCGAACUGCCCGAGUACAUAAAACCGCCGCGAGUAAUGCGUGACGUCACUCGACACCCGGUAAUGUCGCCGCCUCUCACGCGACAUGUGGAACCCGUGGAGGACGACGACGAUGACGAGGUGAACAUUGUCGGAGUAUUGCGGCUCCUUACGGCUGUGGAGGAGAAGUUGGGUUCGCUCGGUCCGAAGGUUAUCGAUCUGUUGGCGCAAGCUUUGGCGUUAGAAAAGGCGGAGGCGAAUAGUGCGGAGGCGCUGUUGGAUAACGAAGUGAAUUGUGUACUUUUCGAGACUGUCAAAGAGAAAUUGAAGGGACAACUACUGGCCGGCUUGGUCGAUUACAAUCAGGAGAAGGCGUUUAAGAAUGCCAUCAAGAAAAUCGCCAGUCUGAUUCACUACGCCGGCGAGCGCAAGAAGACCAUUGAGAAGGAGAAGCCGAAAGUGGAUCCUAUUCAGGUGCCCGGUGUCGGAACCGUAGACAAGGCCGCGAUCGCCAAACAGAUAGCUACCGCUUUAGUGCUGCAAGGGAAGACCGAUGUGUCACAAGCUGAACUUGAACAAUUAAUUAAUGCGGUGGUUGGUAUGGCGGAAGCUUCGCGAAACUCCAAUAAACCCGUAACGACCGCCAGUUUCCUUCAGCAAUUCUCUCAGGCGGCCAAGCCACCUCCCUCCGAGAGUAUCUUAUCUCUUGUGCAACCGACGCCGACGCCAACGGAGACGGCGACGACAACUCCAACCACGAAUAGCAUGGAGGGAUUGUCCGAUUUAGAUUUACAAACUCUCCUACAGAACUUCAAAGAUCUGUGCACGGACGAGCAGCACAGCCUGAUUUCGUACUUGAAGAAACUGGAAGCAAAAGAGCCCGAACGGGUGGAGCGUUUGCGCAAGUUUGUCAACUUGGAUAACACAGAUAAGGCGCCAGAAAAGGAGCCGGUCGAACCAAAUCCGAGAAGCAGCCCGUUCGCGAACCGAUUAAUGGGCAUGAAUCCGAUAAUUGACGAAUCCAUCGUUGAGCCCGAGAUAAAACCCGAGCCCGUGAUCGAACCGCCCGUACUCAAGGUCAGCUUGGAUUCAGACGACGAAGAUUACACCUUUGAGGAUGUUUUCAAAGCGGCGAAGAAAAACGUCAAAGAAAAGGAAGAGAGGGAACGGGCGACCUCCAUGUUUAAAACGGAAGACUUCGAUUUAUCUAACGCAAAAUCGCUUAUCGCAAACAUAAUGGGCCAGUUUAAGGCGAGCAAUACCGCCUCGGGCAAUAAAACCGACAAUAUGUUGGGUCUCGGUAAAAGUAUGCUCACAACGCCAACCGAGGACACAGAGAAAAGUCUACCCACCACUGAUAAUCUAUUUCGACUACUCGAUCUACCAAAGCCAACAUUCCCAAUUCAACCUCGGUUGGAACCGAAUCAACCCAUCCUCAAAGUGGAAAACAACCCGCACUUUCCUUCUGAUUCGCUGCCUUUCACUCGUACUAACUUCAUGCAAAACGUCACCUAUCCCGAACACAAUCAGUACAUGAAUCAACCACAUCCCACAAUGAAUCAACCUCAUUCCGCCAUGAAUCAAUCUCGUCCUAUUAUGAAUCAACCGAGGCCGCAUUUCGAUCAAGAACGUGUGACGUAUCCGAUCGACAGCAUCAACGGUAAUUCGCGGCCGUAUCCCAUGCGUCCCAAUUAUGACAACUUUGGUAGGUGGUGACUUUUUUGAAAAUAAUUCUAGCGGUAACCAUUAUGAAUAAGUUUUUUAAAUAUAACUAGCGUAGUGUGUAUAACUAUCGUUGUUUCUCUAUACCGAACGGUCCCUUUGUAGAGUUAUGAAAGUGUGAUUUAAGAUCAUUCUAUGUAACUUUAAGUAUCUGUAAUAUUUUGCAAAAAUAUAUAAAACCGGUUAGCUGCGUAGUGGCUGACCUGUUUUCAAUUUCUA